AUGUCAAAGUGUAAAUUUGGGGCCUCUGUAAUCGAAUACUUGGGCCACAUCAUCUCAGGAAAAGGGGUUCAAGCAGAUCCUUCCAAGACUUUAGCCAUGGUGCAGUGGCCUAGCCCCAAAACUUUGAAAUCCUUAAGAGGGUUUUUGGGCCUUACUAGCUACUACAAAAAAUUCAUAAGACAUUAUGGAUCCAUUGCAGCCCCAUUGACCUCCUUGUUAAAAAAGAACUCAUUUCAUUGGGAUGAAGCAGUUGCAGUUGCUUUUGAAGCUUUGAAAAAAGCUGUCAGCAAUCCUCCAGUUUUAAAUUUACCAGAAUUUUCCAAAACAUUCAUUAUUGAAUGUGAUGUUUCAAGCAUUGGGAUGGGGGCUGUCCUUAUGCAAGAGGGCCACCCAAUUGCCUUCUACAACAAGGCCUUGAAAGGUCCACUUAUGAGAGAGAGUUAUUUACUCUUGUCUUUGCAGUGA